UUCUAUGCUCAACUCAAGCACAUCUCUUCACUGCAAGAGGGUCCAAAAAUCUCUGUCUUUGGAGAAAAACCAUUCAGCGGCAACCUGAGCUGCAGAACUCCAACCUAGCUAGUAUAUCCAAAUCUCUUGAGAAAAAAAAUAUGGAAGACAAAGGACUAAGCACCAAUAUGAGGAGAAUCCUCCUGCUGAUUAACUGUUUAAUACUCGCUGUUGGUGUUUGUGGUGGUCCUCUAAUGAUGCGUCUAUAUUAUGUCGGGGGAGGUUCAAGAAUAUGGUUUAGCAGUUGGUUACAAACUGGUGGAUGGCCACUAACCCUUAUACCUCUUGCCAUCUUAUAUUUUUAUCGUCGAAAGUCUGAGGGUGCUGAUGCCAAGCUUUGCUUAAUAACACCCCAGAUUUUCAUUGCAUCAUGUGUCCUUGGCGUUGGCACUGGUAUUGAUGAUUUUCUCUAUUCGUGGGGCGGGUCAAAGCUACCCGUAUCAACCUCUUCACUUCUUCUUGCUGCUCAACUUGGCUUCACAGCAGUAGGUGCUUUUUUCAUAGUGAAGCUGAAGUUCACACCCUACUCUAUUAAUGCAGUGAUUCUACUAACAGUUGGUGCUGUUUUAUUGGGUAUUCGAUCUAAUGGUGAUAAGCCAGCGGGUGUGACAAGUAAAGCCUAUGUUAUUGGUUUUAUAAUGACACUUCUGGCAGCAGCUUUCUAUGGAGUCAUUUUGCCUAGUAUUGAGUUGAUUUACAUGAAGGCAAAACAAGCUAUUACUGCUACGUUGGUAUUGGAGAUCCAGAUGGUCAUGUGUUUUGCUGCUACUGCUUUUUGCACGAUCGGAAUGAUCGCCAAUAAGGACUUUCAGGCAAUAUCAAGGGAGGCAAAACAAUUUAACCUCGGAGAAGCUAGAUAUUAUACAGUGGUAACAUGGACUGCCGUUCUUUGGCAAUGUUUCUUUGUGGGCGCUGUUGGAGUUAUCUAUUGUUCUUCUGCUUUGAUGUCAGGGGUUAUAAUAGCAGUUUUACUCCCUGUUACUGAGGUAUUGGCUAUAGUUUUCUUUAGUGAAAAGUUUUCAGGUGAAAAGGGCGUUUCUCUUUUCCUCUCUCUUUGGGGUUUCGUCUCAUACUUCUAUGGAGAAUUCAGACAAAUGAAGAAGCAGAAGAAUAAGAAUAAAAGUUCAGAAACUGAGAUGACAACAACGGAAAUCGAAUCUGUUUGAAUUGUUACAUGUAUUAGAUGCAAUAAUCAUGGCAUAUAAUUUGAUAUUGCUUUAUUUAGUGUCUGGUUUCUAUGUAUUAUGCAUCUUGAAUAGCUACUCGUGCAAUAAUUUAAUACACUCCUUGUAUUAUUCUAUGAGUUAAGUUAUAUAUACUAUCGUUAGUGAAGAAUAUUUACAUCAUCAUGUCACUUUAUCUGUUGUAUGGAAUAAUAAUGCAUGAAUUAUGUAAUGAAAGGUUUUGUUGUCACCCUUUAGUUGUA